AAUAUAGAGCAAUAAAGCAAUGCAUCGGCGCACACAAGGCAAUGAGCCACUCCACCCCCUUUUAAAUCACUUGUGACCUUCCACGGAGAGGUCACAAGUUUGACCCCCCCCCCCCCCUGCCAGCCAGACCUAUUAUAUCACAUGCAGCCCGUUACAUUGUAAUUCAGGACUAAUCUCAUCUGCCCCUGUUAUGGACUCCAGCGCCCAGGGAUUACAGGCGCAUAUUCAGGGAUUACAGAGUUUGGAUGCUGAGGAACGUCAGGUUCGGAUUAUGUCAGCCAUAACGGACAGGAGCCACAGAGGAAGAGCAGGUCAUACGACCAGGUACCCUGCAGGAGAGGCUGUCGCCUCUGUGCCACUACAACGCUCCUCACGGAACAGUGGCCAGUGGACCGACGGGGCCAUCCGAGGUCUGGAGUUUGUCAUUCCUUUAAUUAAGCAGGAGUCAAUACUCAAAGAAAACCUUGCCUUUUCCAAGUUGUCCAUGACGACAAAUACCGACAGAAUUGAGAAUGUAUUUGAACGGAAGUAUCGUCUACGCCGAGAAGAAUAAGAAGAAAACAAAAGGGAAAUUGUUAUGGAAAGGAGCCCAGCACAAGGCCAUCUCCCGACACGUCGAAGCCUUCCCGCCUGCCUUCCCAAAAGCGGAAAAACACGGAAAAAAGGUGGCGCAGAGAGAAGGGAACAAAGAGAACCGGUCCGAGGCGGAUGUCUCGGAGGUCCAGGGAGAGGUGAAGCGAAGAAGCGUGUUUGAGAAGGCCGUCUAUGACCUGAAGCACUGCGAGAGGGUGAUGGACGAGGUGACCUUCGGGCGCAGGGUGUCUCUUUAUGAGCUACGAGGGGAGAUCGGGUCUGGAAACUUCUCCCAGGUCCGACUCGGGAUACACGACCUGACCAAUGAGAGGGUGGCGGUGAAAAUCCUGGACAAGGCACGUUUUGAGAAGCAGAGCCAGGAAUUGUUCCACUCGGAGAUCUCUUGCAUGCAGAAGCUGGCCCAUCCGAACGUUGUGCGCUUGUAUGAGGUGGUGGAGACCUUCAAGAGACUCUACCUGGUGAUGGAGUAUGCAGACGGAGGAGAGCUUUUCUCCCACAUCUGCACCAGUGGGCGCCUGUCAGACCUUGAGAGCAAGCUCACUUUCGCCCAGGUGCUGUCUGCAGUCAAACACAUGCACGACAGUGACAUCGUCCACCGGGACCUAAAGGCCGAGAACGUCUUCUUCACGGCCAGCCGCUGCGUCAAGGUGGGCGAUUUCGGCUUCAGCACCGCCUGCGGCCGCGGCGACGCCCUGGCCACCCCCUGCGGCUCCCCUCCCUACGCCGCCCCAGAGCUCUUCGGACAGAAGGCCUACGUGGGCCAGAGCGCCGACGUCUGGGCCCUGGGCGUGCUGCUCUACUUCAUGGUGAGCGGCGCCCUGCCGUUCGCCGGCACCAACCUGCACACGCUGCGCAGCUCCAUCCUGCUCGGGGGCUUCGCCGUGCCGGCCCACGUGCCCCGGCCCUGCCAAAGACUCCUCACCGACAUCCUGAGGCGGGUGCCGGCCGACCGGCCGACCGUGGAGCAGAUCAUGGCCUGUGAUUGGCUGCGGGGGGUGGAGUACCCGCGGGCCUUCCUGCCGCCGGGCCUCACGCCGGGACACCUGGCCGACGCCUCCCACGUGCUGAACGCCGACGAGACGGACGCCAAGGCGGCUCUGGCGGCGCUGGGCGUCACGGAGCUCCACCUCCUCCGUGACCGCAGCCCGGAGCUGCGGGGCGCCAUCACGGGGACCUACAGGGUGCUGCACCACCGCAUCCAGAAGAGGAGGUCCGCGGAGGCCCUGGGGUACCACGGCGUCGGGUCCCGCGUGUCGCUGGGCGGAUUGGGGCAGGAGCGCGUCGACGCCGGGGGCGGGGGCGGCCGGCGGCUCACGGUGGUCUGUGUGAUCAUGUAGGGUCUGCUAAGGUGGAGGACAUGGCCGUGGGUGGGGCCCCACGGGUAGCUGAUGCUACUGUGGUUUACUCAGGUGGACACAUAAAGUAAUAGCAGAUAUCGCUAUCUCGGAAUACUGGGCAAUAUCCCAUGAUUGAGAUCUCAAACUCUGGGAUAUUGCGUGACGUUCGUGUCGUCACGCUACUAAACACUAAUGAACCGCUUAUAAAAACAAAUGAAUCCCAGCAAAAAGUGUUAUCUUGUUUAUUUGUGUUCACGUGUAGUGUAUACUAAAACAAUUAUUCACCUCAUUCACCUCAUUCACCUUAUUCACCUUUGGGGAAUAAUAAAUAAAUAAAAAUAUCGACAAAGUUACCUGUUCCCUGCGUCAAAAGGCACUUUAUUGAAAAAAAGAAUGAAUGCAUUGCAGCUUCUCAGUUGGUGCUUCGGAACCAUACAACAUGCAUGCACUUUGUAUUUUAAAUCUCUUGUAAAAUGAAUUACUGUUGUGUGGGAGUUAAUGUGUUACUUAAAAUGUCAUUUUUUGCAUUUUGAUGUACAUUUGAUUUUCAUAGUGGGGUUCUUUUUUCAAAUAUUUAGUCUAGUGUUUAGCAAAAGAACAUUUUGUCUAGUGUUGGGCCGAACAACUUUAUCAAACCACAUGGAUGAUGUUUUUAAUAUGUAGACCACAGCUGAAAUUAAAUGGAGGUUUUACAGUCUAUGGUCAGAACCUACAAAGAAAUUCUGGACACAUUUUUGAUCCUUUUAAAGACUUGAGGUUUAUUUUCUACAAAUGUUGAAUUCAAAUGAUUCUUAGCCUAGACAAUUAUUAACAUUAUGCAUUGCCGUCUGUCAGUAGAACCGAAAGUGCACACAAAUCGUUAAGGCUAAGAAAUUACCAAGGCAAUCCUGUAUUUUCAUAUUUUGGGGGGUUUAAGUAAUGUUUGACUUUUUUAAAUACAGAUUUUUCAUGCAAAUUAAUAAAAGUUUCAAACUAUUGAUGGACUACUUUGAAAAUGUUGGAAAAUACACCACAUUCCCAAGGGAUGUGA